UUUUUUCCAUCCUCUAAGACGACAUGCGAGACAAAAAUCGUGACUGGGAAAAUCACUCUGAGAGAUAAUUGACUAUUAUAUAUGUGUACGUAGUUCAAGUGAGACCUACAGUCAGAUAACAUGCUAGUACUGUAUUUUCUAUUUGUUCUUAUAUUUUUGUGUAUCCUACAUUUGUUUUUGAACUACAAUGAGCAAGCCCGAUUGAUUCGAAAAAUUCCCGGUCCAAAGGACAACUUUAUCAUUGGCAAUAUGAUGGAAAUCCUAUCGCUUUCUCCAGAGCAACUUUUCGCACUUGGAAGGAAAUAUGCAGCGACUUUUGAUGGAAUUUAUAGAUUUUGGGCUUAUCCUAUAAGAAGUGUGUUUGUUUGCAACCCUGAAGAUAUUGAGAUUGUUGUAUCAUCAAUGAAACAUACCGAUAAAGGAAUCUUAUAUAAAUUUUUAAAACCGUGGUUAAACGACGGACUUCUUUUAAGCAAAGGUGAGAAAUGGUUGCAACGCAGAAAAAUUUUGACUCCAACAUUCCAUUUUAACAUUCUACGACAAUUUUGUUUAAUUUUUGAAGAAAACAACCUACGACUAGGAAGAAGCCUGAAGUUAACGGAUCAGAAAGCAGUUAAUAUUAUGCAAAUACUUUCUGAUUACACACUUCAUACAAUUUGUGAAACAGCAAUGGGAACUCCAUUAGAUGAGACAUCAAAUACAGGAAAAUCGUACAAAGAAGCCGUUUACAAAAUAGGACUUCUAUUGAUUGAGAGGUUGAUUUCGGGAUACCUCAUGUCUGACUUCCUAUUUUCGUUUACCUCGAUCUACCGCCAACAGCUAAAAUACUUAACAAAUCUUCACAAUUUUACUAAUAAAGUUAUAAGAAAAAGGAAACGGUAUAUUAAAACGCAUGGAGCAAGUAACUACAAUGUAGGAGAACCAGUUACUACCACGAAAAAGAAAACAGCUAUGUUAGACUUGCUUAUUUUAGCAGAAAACGAUGGGUUAUUGAACGAGGAUGGUAUUCGAGAAGAAGUUGAUACUUUUAUGUUUGAGGGCCACGACACAACAGCAUGCGGACUCACAUACUUACUGCUGUCGAUAGCAAACAAUAAACAUAUACAGGACAAAGUAGUAGCCGAGCUAAAUAAGAUAUUCGGUGAAAAUGAACGUCCCGCCAGCAUCGAAGACCUAGCUGCUAUGCGAUACCUAGAGUGCUGUAUUAAGGAAACGCUGCGGUUGUACCCACCCGUGCCAUUUCUUACCAGAACGUUAAGCGAAACUGUGAAACUGAGCAAUUACACGGUUCCAGCGGGAACAGAAUGUAUUAUCCAAAGUUACGAUCUACAUCGACGUGAGGAUCUGUAUGUAAAUGCACAUAAAUUCGAUCCUGACCGAUUCUUGCCUGAAAACUGUGUGGGACGACAUCCCUUUGCUUAUAUACCGUUUAGUGCCGGGCCUAGGAAUUGUAUAGGUCAAAAAUUCGCAAUGUUGGAAAUGAAAUCGUGCGCAGCAGCCGUUUUACGGCACUUCGAGCUUCAUCCAGUGACUAGAGAAUGUGACGUUCGAUUUAAAUCAGAUGUUGUGCUACGGAGCGCCGAACCGAUUUUGCUUAAGUUUGUAGAAAGGAAUACAAAAUAAUUUAACAGCUUCUUUGCCUUAGUAUUUCCUUCAUAUAUACGAAAGAAUCAAAAAGAGAAACCGUGUAAGAUAAGCAUUCAACACACAAAAUACUCGAAGUAUAAAAGGAAUAAACGGCAUCGCUUUAUUAAAUUUGUUUUUAAACGGAAACGAAGUUCCAUGUUUGUUUAUUAUAUGAAACCAUAGAUUUAGUAUAUAGGUUUAUGAAACAAACUUAGGAAAGUAGUAUUACAAAUCUUGUUAGUAUUUUUUUCCAAUGGAAUAAGUGUUAUUGUAUUUAUUAUGUUCAUUGUUUAUUUUGUAGUAUUACCUAGGUGAACAUUAACCCUGACAGUUUUUACUACGAGCCCAGAAAAUAAAAUAAUUGUUACUUAAAAGCUUAGUCGAAACUGAUUUAUAGCAAAACACAAGUUCACAAACUGUAAUAUUUUGUGAAAUUAGUAGGCACCUAUCUAGAGCAUUGCGAACUCGAAUAUACAUAUGUAAGAUACAGUGUAAGGACGAUUAUACACAUUUAUUUGGUCACUGUAAGGGUGCGUACAUAUCCGGCGAAUGCUCCGCAAAUGCGCCUGUUUGCAAAGUGCUCGCAAACUGCACACAACUAUUACGUUGUGCAAUCUGUUCGCGUGCCGUUCGUGUGCCUCUUGCGCGCCACAUAUUAACAUGUAUUUAAUUGCAAGCAUGCAGCAAGCUUGCAGCGCACAUGCAGCGCGUACACGGCGCAUUCGCCAGGUCUAUACGCACCCUAAAGUUCUAAGUAUAUUUCAUCCUCUCGGCAACUCGUCAUGACAAAACGAACUGCACUUGCCAGAAUAUAAUCCACACGAAACAAAUGUGCAACAAGCAUUAUAUAUGAAGAAUUACGAGGAAUGAUCGCUUCGACCAAAUUCUAAGGUCACGUUUUUAUGGAGGAGAACAAUGUCGAACUUAUGCUACUAGUGAACUUAUGCUACGUCAUACACAAAAUCGACCCUGAAACCGAGUCGAUCUCGUACUGUACGGUUUCAGAGGAGCUUUCUCCCAAGUACAAUUAGGUUGUGGAAUGAACCCCCUGUCGGGGUUUUCCCACAGGAAUUCAGAAUGGAGUCCUUCAAAAG